AUGUUGGAGAACAGGACCCUGUUCACAUACGACGAGUCCUACUACGAGUACGUACCCGACAGGCUACAGUGGCAUGGGGCCGGACGCCUCUGUAACCAGCGCUCAGGGGCCUUAGCCACGGUCUCCAACAACUUUGAGAACCGAGAGCUCACCACCUUCUUAAAGUCCCUGAACAUAACCCACCCCGUGUGGAUCGCCAGGAAAGUCAUGACACACUUAAAGAGUGAGUUCAGUCACUAUGCCAUUGCCAUAUUUGACACUUUUGAGAUUUCAGCACCUUCUCUGUCUCACAGUAGGGUCUUGGUGCCUCCAAAAUACGGCAGACAUUUUAAAUUGGACUGACCACAUGGCAAUUGGCCUUACUAUCCUGCAGUCUAGUGAAUAAGUCUUUGCAACCUAAAUAUGACCACAAUUGGAGUUGCGUAAUAUCGUUCUGUCCCUUUUAUGUCUGUGUCCAAGUUGUACAGUGGCUUGCGAAAGUGGCAUUUUUCCUAUUUUGUUGCCUUACAACCUGGAAUUAAAAUGGAUUUGUAUCAUUUGAUUUACACAACAUGCCUACCACUUUGAAGAUGCAAAAUAAAAUAAAUUGUGAAACAAACAAGAAAUAAGACAAAAAAACGGAAAACUUGAGCGUACAUAGCUAUUCACCCCCCCAAAGUCAAUACUUUGUAGAGCCACCUUUUGCAGCAAUUACAGCUGCAAGUCUCUUGGGGUAUGUCUCUAUAAGCUUGGCACAUCUAGCCACUGGGAUUUUUGCCCAUUCUUCAAGGCAAAACUGCUCCAUCUCCUUCAAGUUGGAUGGGUUCCACUGGUGUACAGCAAUCUUUAAGUCAUGGGCUUUGACUAGGCCAUUCCAAGACAUUUACAUGUUUCCCCUUAAACCACUCGAGUGUUGCUUUAGCAGUAUGCUUAGGGUCAUUGUCCUGCUGGAAGGUGAACUGAAACAGGUUUCCCUCAAGAAUUCUGACCAGUUUCCCAGGUUUUGCCGAUGAAGAACAUCCCCACAGCAUGAUGCUGCCACCACCAUGCUUCACUGUGGGGAUGGUGUUCUCUGGGUGAUGAGAGGUGUUGGGUUUGCGCCAGACAUAGCGUUUUCCUUGAUGGCAAAAAAGCUAAAUUUUAGUCUCAUCUGACCAGAGUACCUUCUUCCAUAUGUUUGUGGAGUCUCCCACAUGCCUUUUGGCGAACACCAAAUUGCUUUUUUCUGGCCACUCUCCCAUAAAGCCCAGCUCUGUGGAGUGUACGGCUUAAAGUGGUCCUAUGGACAGAUACUCCAAUCUCCGCUGUGGAGCUUUGCAGCUCCUUCAUGGUUAUCUUUGGUCUCUUUGUUGCCUCUCUGAUUAAUGCCCUCCUUGCCUGUUCCAUGAGUUUUGGUGGGCGGCCCUCUCUUGGCAGGUUUGUUGUGGUGCCAUAUUCUUUCCAUUUUUUAAUAAUGGAUUUAAUGGUGCUCCGUGGGAUGUUAAACGUUUCUGAUAUUUUAAAAAAACCCAACCCUGAUCUGUACUUUUCCACAACUUUGUCCCUGACCUGUUUGGAGAGCUCCUUGGUCUUUAUGGUGCCGCUUGCUUGGUGGUGCCCCUUGCUUAGUGAUGUUGCACACUCUGGGGCCUUUCAGAACAGGUGUAUAUACACUGCUCAAAAAAAUUAAGGGAACACUUAAACAACACAAUGUAACUCCAAGUCAAUCACACUUCUGUGAAAUCAAACUGUCCACUUAGGAAGCAACACUGAUUGACAAUACAUUUCACAUGCUGUUGUGCAAAUGGAAUAGACAACAGGGGGAAAUUAUAGGCAAUUAGCAAGACACCCCCAAUAAAGGAAUGGUUCUGCAGGUGGUGACCACAGACCACUUCUCAGUUCCUAUGCUUCCUGGCUGAUGUUUUGGUCACUUUUGAAUGCUGGCGGUGCUUUCACUCUAGUGGUAGCAUGAGACGGAGUCUACAACCCACACAAGUGGCUCAGGUAGUGCAGCUCAUCCAGGAUGGCACAUCAAUGCGAGCUGAGGCAAGAAGGUUUGCUGUGUCUGUCAGCGUAGUGUCCAGAGCAUGGAGGCGCUACCAGGAGACAGGCCAGUACAUCAGGAGACGUGGAGGAGGCAGUAGGAGGGCAACAACCCAGCAGCAGAACCGCUACAUCCGCCUUUGUGCAAGGAGGAGCAGGAGGAGCACUGCCAGAGCACUGCAAAAUGACCUCCAGCAGGCCACAAAUGUGCAUGUGUCUGCUCAAACGGUCAGAAACAGACUCCAAAAGGGUGGUAUGAGGGCCCGACGUCCACAGGUGGGGGUUGCGCUUACAGCCCAACACCGUGCAGGACGUUUGGCAUUUGCCAGAGAACACCAAGAUUGGCAAAUUCGCCACUGGCGCCCUGUGCUCUUCACAGAUGAAAGCAGGUUCACACUGAGCACAUGUGACAGACGUGACAGAGUCUGGAGACGCCGUGGAGAACGUUCUGCUGCCUGCAACAUCCUCCAGCAUGACCAGUUUGGCGGUGGGUCAGUCAUGGUGUGGAGUGGCAUUUAUUUGGGGGGCCGCACAGCCCUCCAUGUGCUCGCCAGAGGUAGCCUGACUGCCAUUAGGUACCGAGAUGAGAUCCUCAGACCCCUUGUGAGACCAUAUGCUGGUGCGGUUGGCCCUGGGUUCCUCCUAAUGCAAGACAAUGCUAGACCUCAUGUGGCUGGAGUGUGUCAGCAGUUCCUGCAAGAGGAAGGCAUUUAUGCUAUGGACUGGCCCGCCCGUUCCCCAGACCUGAAUCCAAUUGAGCACAUCUGGGACAUCAUGUCUCGCUCCAUCCACCAACGCCACGUUGCACCACAGACUGUCCAGGAGUUGGCGGAUGCUUUAGUCCAGGUCUGGGAGGAGAUCCCUCAGGAGACCAUCCGCCACCUCAUCAGGAGCAUGCCCAGGCGUUGUAGGGAGGUCAUACAGGCACGUGGAGGCCACACACACUACUGAGCCUCAUUUUGACUUGUUUUAAGGACAUUACAUCAAAGUUGGAUCAGCCUGUAGUGUGGUUUUCCACUUUAAUUUUGAGGGUGACUCCAAAUCCAGACCUCCAUGGGUUGAUAAAUUUGAUUUCCAUUGAUAAUUUUUGUGUGAUUUUGUUGUCAGCACAUUCAACUAUGUAAAGAAAAAAGUAUUUAAUAAGAUUAUUUCAUUCAUUCAGAUCUAGGAUGUGUUGUUUAAGUGUUCCCUUUAUUUUUUUGAGCAGUGUAUGUUGAGAUCAUGUGACACUUUGAUUAUUUGUUUUUGUAUUUAUUACAGAUCCCCAUUAGCGGCUGCCAAGGCAGCAGCUACUCUUCCUGGUGUCCAACCACAAUUUGCAUAUAAUAAAACAAUACAUAACACAAUACCUUAUUACACACUACUCUACCAUAACAUAUUUACAAUACAAAUUCAAUAACACAGCAAAAUAACAAUAUUAAAAUGUGGUGUGUAGAGUGCAUGUGUUAGCAUGUGUUUGCGAAUGCUGUGUGUGUGCCUGUGUGUGUAUGUGUGUAUGUGUCUCUUCACAGUCCGCGCUGUUCCAUAAAGUGUAGUUUUAUCUGUUUUUUAAAUCUGAUUUUACUGCUUGACAGAGUUACAUGAUGUGUAAUAGAGUUUCAUGUAGUCAUGGCUCUAUGUAGUACUGUGCGUUUCCCGUAGUCUGUUCUGGACUUGGGGACUCUGAAGAGACCUCUGGUGGCAUGUCUCGUGGGGUAUGCAUGGGUGUCCGAGCUGUGUGCCAGCAUUCCAAACAGACAGCUCGGUACAUUCAGCUUGUCUACACCUCUUAAAAAAACAAGCAGUGAUGAAGUCAAUCUCUCUUCCACUCUAAGCCAGGAGAGACUAACAUGCAUGUAAUUAAUGUUAGCUCUCCGUGUACUUUUAUGGGCCAGCCGUGCUGUCCUGUUCUGAGCCAACUGCAAUUUUCCCAAGUCCCUCCUUGUGGCACCUGACCACAAUACUGAACAUUAGUCAAGGUGCAACAAAACUAGGGCCUGUAGGACCUGCCUUGUUGAUAGUGUUGUUAAGAAGGCAGAGCAGCGCUUAAUUAUGGACAUACUUCUACCCAUCUUAGCUAUUGUUGUAUCAAUAUGCUUUGACCAUGACAGUUUACAAUCCAGGGUUACUCCAAGCAGUUUAGUCACCUCAACUUGCUCAAUUUCCACAUUAUUCAUUACAAGAUGUAGUAGAGGUUUAGGGUUUAGUGAAUGAUUUGACCCAAAUACAAUGCUUUUUAUUUUGGAAAUAUUUAGGACUAACUUAUUCCUUGCCACCCAUUCCGAAACUAACAGCAACUCUUUAUUAAGUGUUGCAGUUAUUUCAGUUGCUGUAGCAGCUGACGUGUAUAGUGUUGAGUCAUCCGCAUACGUAGACACACUUGCUUUACUCAAAGCCAGUGGCAUGUCGUUAGUAAAGAUGGAAAAAAGUAAGGGGCCUAGACAGCUGCCCUGGGGAAUUCCUGAUUCUACCUGGAUUAAGUUUGAGAGGCUUCCAUUAAAGAACACCCUCUAUGUUCUGUUAGACAAGUAACUAUGUAUCCACAUUAUAGCAGGGUGUGUAAAGCCAUAACACAUACGUUUUUCCUGCAGCAGACUAUGAUCAAUAAUGUCAGAAGCCGCACUGAAGUCUAACAAAACAGCCCCCACAAUCUUUUUAUCAUCAAUUUCUCUCAGCCAAUCAUCAGUCAUUUGUGUAAGUGCUGUGCUUGUUGAAUGUCCUUCUCUAUAAGCAUGCUGAAAGUUUGUUGUCAAUUUGUUUACUGUAAAAUAGCAUUGUAUCUGGUCAAAUCCAAUUUUUUCCAAUAGUUUACUAAGGGUUGGUAACAGGCUAAAUGCACACAGGUGGACUUUAUUUAACUAAUUAUGUGACUUCUGAAGGUAAUUGGUUGCACCAGAUCUUAUUUAGGGGCUUCAUAGCAAACGGGGUGAAUACAUAUGCACGCACAACUUUUCCUUUAUUAAUUUUUUAGAAUUUUUUGAAAUAAGUAAUUUUUUUCAUUUCACUUCACCAAUUUUGACUAUUUUGUGUAUGUCCAUUACAUGAAAUCCAAAUCCAAAUCCAUUUAAAUUACAGGUUGUAAUGCAACAAAAUAGGAAAAACGCCAAGGGGGAUGAAUACUUUUGCAAGGCACUGUAUAUUGCAUGCGACUGUUCUCUCUCUGUCCACCAUGGAAAGGUUCCGCAGAGACCCUUAUCCUGGAGUUUGACGGAAGAUCCGACGUGAAGAACGCGCGCCUCCUGCACAAGUUCCCCACCAUGUGCGAAGUGACCGUUUGCACCCGUGUCCGCUUCGAUCCGGCCUGCUACGGAUUUUCCACUGUCUUCUCUUAUUCCAUCCAGUCAUUCAUUAAUGAGUUCCAGCUCCGCGCCAGGCUGAUCCAGGGCCAGCCCGUCCAGCUGGCUCUGCUGGUGCAUGGCAUGCACGGGCCCUACCAGGAGGCCUUCCGCCAUGACGGCUCCUGGCACUCGCUGUGCGUGAGCUGGUCGUGCCAUGGCGGACGCUGGGCCCUGUUUGCCAAUGGCCGCCCGGUCAACCGGGGCGACAGCCUUUACAGCGCAGGUGACGUGGGCCCCAAUGGCCACUUCAUCCUGGGCCAGGAGCAGGACUCGUUCGGGGGCUCGUUCAAGAGCGCAGAGUCCUUCUCGGGUAGUCUCACGCAGCUACACAUUUGGGAGCGGGUGUUGAACGACAGCGAAAUCCACACCAUGGAAAAAGAGUGCUCACCCGCCUCGUCCGGGCUGGCGUUCAAGUGGAGCGCCACAGUCCUGGAAGUGGAGUCCUCCCUGAAGAGACUCUGGGGAGACUCGCCGUGCCAAGGUAAGGAGCGCGUGGGCGGACAUGCUUGAUUUAAAGCGGACUACCCCUGGAGCUAGGCUGGGCUGUCCCAGCAUUCUUUCUCUCUCUCUCUCUGUCUGUCUAUCUUUAUAGCUCUCUCUCCCUGUAUCUCUCUUUAUCGAUCCCUCUCUCUUUUCUCUCUCUCCUCUCUCUUCCCCUCUCUCUCUCUCUCUCUUUCUGCCUUACCCAUUAUGAGUUCAAGAGCCUGCAUUUGGAGGUUCCCUGUCUUUGUCUCUCGGGCAGCUCCCUCUACCUUCAUGAAUAGGGGAGCAGAUUGCCAAGUUGUAAUUGGCAAACUCAGCCCAGUAAUGGUUGUAAAUAUUUCAUGUGCGUGGUCAUUCUGAAUCCCACCCUUCAAAACAAACUCUCCUUUCUGACAUUGCCGUCCCCCGUGAGUAAUGGAGUAUCGCUGCCUGGGCUCUUGUUACAGAGAACGUAGGGAACGGGGUCCCAAAUAGCACCCUAUUCCCUACGUAGUGCACUACUUUUGACCAGAGCUAGUCAAAAGUAGAGCACUAUAUAGGGAAUAGGGUGCCAUUUGGCACGCAACCAAGGAGAACACACAGGCAGAUGUUCUUUCUCCAUAUAUAUCAGACCCAGACAAUAUAGCCUCCUUCCGUUCCUUAUCGGACCAUUUAAGAAUGUUGACUCAUUCUGACAUCAUGUUAAACCCAGCACAUUAGGAGUGCGCUCACUUUCUCUUUCUAUCAGCUUUUUGACUUCCUAAAAGCAUUGCAUUCAGAAGAGGAUGGUACCUCCCCUCUGAGCCUGGUUCCUCUCUAGGGGCUCUAUUUUAACAAACCUAACGCAAUGGCCUUGUGGUUAGUGUCCGCCCUAAAUAUGGAAGGUUGUGAGUUCGAUCCCUGGCCGAGUCAUACCAAAGACUGUACAAAUGGGACCUGAUGCCUCUCUGUUUGGCACUCAGCAUUUAGGAGAUAGAUUGGGGGUAAGGCCCUGCGAUAGACUAGUGUCCUGUCCCACGGGGUGUACUUGUACAUCAAGCUGCCUCAUGCUACAGAAACAGGAGAUAGGCUCCGGCCCUAUGAGUCGUUUCGGCUCAAACAAGCCAAGGCUCAUGCAAAGCUACUUACUUACUAACUCAAUGGUAAAUCUAAGCGCUGGCGGUAGAGCUAUAAGUCCAGAGGUGUGUCAGAAAUAAAUGUCAAGUGGUCUGAAUACUUUCCAAAUCCACUGUAUGUGUGUAUGUUUUAGGAUGUGCAGUAUAUUUUCUAUUCAAAGCACUUUGACUAAACACCUUUAUGGAUAUGCUACUUUGCAAUGCAAGGAUAAAAAAGAAACAACACAUUGCUGUUGAAUGAACCAGCCUUAGUAACCUAGGCCUAGCGGAGGGCUUGAUAUGAAACAGAAAACAAGAAAUCUGUUUUUUAAAACAACAACCAUAUUUCUACACAGGAUGGGGUCAGAAGCAUGAUAUCAUAAAUCGCUUCUCUCGUUCCAUGGCACUGUGUGCACACGUAGGCCUAAAAACACUCACCUGUGCGAUGCUGCUAAACCAGCCUUGAUUAAGGGGAGGGUAGGUUAUGCUUGGUUUUUAAUCAAAUUAACAAAAUGGGGGGGAACCAAUCGCUUUUUAUCUUUCUAAAUACUAGAUUCACCGGCACAAAAGGCACAUCUCUCUUCCAUGGGCACUGUUUGUCAUGGCUGGAUAGGCUGCGUUUCCGCUCUCAAAAUACAUGCCAUUAUCAGCUGCGUUACCAUUAAGACCUUCUUUUUGUGAGUCUUAUCUUCCCAUUAGCGCUGCAUAAAAUGGUCACUUUUGCGCUUGUUUUUAAGGACACACCUCAAAUAUUUCCACCCCUCCCAUCUCAACGCAAGCAAGUUGAUUUUAGACAGAUAAAUUGCCGAACCUGGAGUUAGGGCUGGAAAAUGGCAGUUUUUACAUGACGAAAUUGCAAACUGACGUGCGUUUGACACUUGUCUUCCUUCUAGGGAGUUUUUCCUGGACAAUGUACUUCUGCUUUUGCUUGCGCUUUUGCGUUUAGGACAGGUUUUAGGGAUGUAUUCCAGAAUUCCCGGUUGGAGGAUUUCGUCCUUGGUCAAUCCCUCCUGAUUCUUGGAAUCCUCCAACCUGGAUUUCUGGAAAACCUGAUAAUUAUUUAGCUAGUUACUGUAAUUUUGCAACCCUCGACAGUUUAAUGUAAAGCACUUGUGACAUAUGCUGAUUUGAAAAGGGCUUUAAAAAAUGCAUUUGAUUGAUUGAUGUACAAUGGAUAUUCCUUAUCUUUUUGGUGCCCUGUUUUUUCUGUUAUUUCUUUCUUACCAGCAAACAGCAGUGACUUUGCCAACGAGUUCCUGUACUCCCUGUUGGAUGCAGAUGUGGUGCCAUAUCACAAUUUCUCCUCCGAGGUGGUGGAUGCACCUCAGGCUGGGGAGUGUGUCACCUUUGACCCCCUGAGUGGAAGCUGGGGCUUAGACGUUUGUGACAGUCAGAGAGGUGCCGUCUGCCAGUUUGAGAAAGGUGAUCACUGA